CAACAUGAUCUCACAGGAAGACUACAGCAGGGAAAUGAACAGAAGAACUGCAAUGGCAGAGUUUUCAAGACGUGUGAACGGUUUGUCAUCGACAGCAACUCAAUGUACCAUACAAACAUCAACUAAAACAUCAGAGGUUAGUGGUUCCUCCAUAGGACCAUCUCCUGACCAUGGUCUUUCAAACAUUAGAGCUCCACGUAUCAACAAAUCACCCACUAGAAUUGUUAAACAAGCAAGAAAGUCAAAAAUUGCUGAACAAGCUCUGAGGAAGAUUGUUCUUGCUUACUUGGAGAGCAAUUUCAUGACCAAAUCAAAAACAGAAUUCCAGAAGGAAACAAGAUCCAAUUUCCAAAAACACAUUCUCAUUGGGUUCAUUCUCCAAGGAAAGAAUUAUUUGGGUGCCUAUGAAUAUUUUAGAUCGUUCUUUACAGUCGAUCAACGAUCUAUCUUUACAAGGGAGGACAUUCAUGAUAUUAGAACUGUCUCUACUUUCUUGUUGGGAGCUCAUUUCUGUUCAUGUGUUGCCAAUAAAAACAAAGGAGAAUUGAAAACGUGUAAUGAACUGAUAUCCGAAUUAUUAAACGAAUUUUCCAAUGGAAAAGGAGAUAUAUUCAAGUGGAGACAGAAAUUAAACGCUAUUGAAGAACGAGGGGAUUACCAGCCAGAUGUUGGAGAACUCAUAUUAGUCCUUACUGUACCUAUUGGUAGAUUGGAGGAACGAAUUCCACAUUUCAAUGUUAUGGAACCUCUUUCUGAUGAGGAAAAGCAAGCAUUGGAUGCUGUACUUGUGAGCAAUGCAGAAGAUUCUGAAGAUUCUCAAUCCUCUGAAUAGUUUUUGUAGGAACACUGAAAUAUAAAAAUUAAUUUGAAUUUCC